AGCCUCUUCCAGGUUUCCCUUGUGGCUGCAGGGUCUCGAAGACUCGAGCCAUCGUCUGCUACUUUCACAGGCCACAAGCAAGAGGCUGGAUGGGAAGUGGGGCAGCUGGAAUACAAAUCUGCCUGUAUGGGAUACCAGCACUUACAGCUAAGGAUUAGCCAGUUGAGCCACCACACUGGUCCCAUAGUCAAAUUCUGUCAGGCACUCUUAGAAAUACGAGGCUCUUUUAGUGGAUAGAUUGGUAUGUGGUUUGUCAGCCUGAACUACUACUGAUUUAUCGUUAGUGAUUGUGUACUUGAAAAGGCCACAGUUUUAUUAGUUUAUAUGCUGCAAAUCUGUAGUUACUGCUCAUAUAUCCUGAUAAUUUGUCAUUUCUCAUGAUAUGAUUCCCUAGUGAAGAAUUAUUUGGAACCUCUGUUUGUUACAUCUGAAAGGUCGUGCCUUCUCAUUUUAACCCUGGGAAAGUGACAUUGAGCUUUUAAACUGUUUUCAUCUAAAGCUUCUUUCAGGGUAAUGGCUCAUCUGUUUUGAUGGAAUUCUGAUAGUUCUGCUUUUCUGUUUAUGCCUAAGUCCUCCCUCCUAAAGAAGAAAGCUUUUUUUGCUCUCCAAAAAUGAUUCUCUGCUUCUCCCUUUUGGAGCCACUCAUUUUCUUUUGGCUCCACACCCUUCCCCUUUUGAAAUGCAUUCCAAGUCCUAUGGUUUUUAUGCCUCUAAUCUCUUCCUUCUUGCUGAAACUAGAUACUACUCCAUUUGCAUUUUGGCAAAGAGCUGAAUGUAGGAUCAUAGAGGAAAUGUGACAAGCUUUGUCCGCUGUGAAGAGAACAGAUUAACCUUAGAGAACCGGGGAAGACUCAUUAAACUGUAGUCUGCAACAGACUAAAUUGGGCAGACAAGAGAGAAAGAGAGAGUCUGUGAGACAGUGGGCAGAGUGAAGAGAUUCCAGGAGUUUGCGUGUAUCAACCGAAAGAACAAAGAGCAGAGCUAUCUGAUCGCUGACAUGUUGGGAUUCAGUGAGUGGCUGUCCCUAGUUCUGUCUGUCACUCAGUUCGUUGUGGGCAUUCUUGGCAAUAGUUUCAUUGGCUUGGUCAAUGGCAGCAGCUGGUUCAAGAACAGGAGAAUCUCUAUGUCUGACUUUCUCAUCACCAACCUGGCCCUUUCCAGGAUUGUUCUGCUGUGGAUUUUCUUCAUUGAUGGUCUUUUAAUAGUGUUUUCUUACAGCACUCAUGACUCAGGGAUAAUGAUGCAAAUUGUUGAUAUUUUUUGGACAUUUAUAAACCAGUUGAGCAUCUGGCUUGCUACCUGUCUUCAUGUCCUCUACUGCCUGAAAAUCGCCACUUUCCCCCAAGCUGUGUUCCUCUGGCUCAAGUGGAGAGUGUCCAGGGUGGUGGGAUGGAUGCUGUUGGGUGCACUGCUCUUUGCCUGUGGCAGUACCAUGUCUCUGAUCAAUGAGUUUAAGAUAUAUUCUGUCCUCAAUGAAAUCGGUGACUCAGAGAAUAUGACUGAAGUCGCCCAAAAGAAGAAAGGGGAAUACGAAGUGAUGCAUGUUCUUAUGAGCCUUUGGUAUUCCCCUGCUUUGUUUUUAUCCCUGACCGCCUGCGCUUUGCUCAUUCUCUCCUUGGGGAGGCACACACGGCAGAUGCAGCAGAAUGGUGUCACCUCCUCAGAUCAAAGCUCCAAGGCCCACAAGAAGGCCAUUAGACUCAUCUUCUCCUUCCUCUUCCUCUUUCUCCUCUACUUUCUUGCCUUUUUAAUUUUAUCGUCAAGUUAUUUCCUACCAGGAACUAAGAAAGUGAAGAUGGUGGGUGAAAUAAUUACAAUGUCAUCUCCUACUGUGCACUCAUUUAUUCUCAUCCUGUGGAACAACAAGCUGAAGCAGGCCUUUAUGGAGAUGCUGCGGUGUGAGUCGUGUCAUCUGAAAUGUGGGUCUAAGGUGUGCUGCUUCCCUUAGAGAUCAGAGACUAGAGCCCGGGAGACCUCCGGCCUGGCUCAAGUCUGUCGGGGUCUUCCUGACAUUCCCAGGCGGCCACUUCCGUAGCAACAGUAAGAGAGACACUGCUUCUUCUCUCUGAUUGCUUUGGAAGGUUUAGAACAGUGUUUGGUGAUGGUAAGAUAUCAAGAAUGCUAUGUAGUCCUGUAGCUGUGUUUUAGUAACUUUUAAAGCAUUGGGAACACUGUUACUGUGUAGACAUGGAGCUGUAGUUUAGCAACUGUCGUCUUGGGACUAGGGAUUUGAGUACAUGUCAACUUAGGUUUGGGACUAGUGUAAAUGAGUGUCAUGGACUUUAGGGAAACAGCAAAAGCUUUUCAAUAUUCUAAGUGUGGUUUGGACUUGCGGUUAUGUCAAUUUCCCAGGACUUUGGCCUUAUGUGAAUUACUUUACUUGUCUGUUUAUUUUCUUCUACUAUUUUAAUGUAACAUCAGCUUUAUAGGGUAACAGAGAAUCACAAGAUCACAUGUGCCAGCAUUGUAGGACAUUGUAAUAAAUGAAGAAUAUUGUAACCUAACUGUCAUGUAGCAAUACCAGUUCUCAUAAGACAGCAGUUGUUGCAACACAUUGUGUGGUGAAGAAAGCACUGGAGUGUCCCAGCAUCAUAGCCUAGCAGCCAAAGUC